GAACGAAGAAAUUGUUGAAAUUGUGUCGUUAUCAUAAUUUUUGAGGUGUUACACCUUGAUGUUGUGCGUGUAAGGUCGUGACUGCACGCAAGCGUUUCAAUGCUUAUACCCAGGAACAUUGCCAUUGCUUUGUUUUGUUAUUUUGAUAUUUAUUUGCCGAAGAAGACAUUUGUAGAACGCCUCGAGAAGUUCACUGGAAACUGUGUUUGUGUUGGUCCAUAACCUAACCGGUACCAGCGGUGUUUGGAGCGUGCACCUGUAUUGUCACUUUUCUGAGCAUAGAAAUCAAGACAGUGAGAAUGUCUGAAUGGGAAGGAGCAGGUGCUGCGAAAGAGAAGACUACGGACUCUAACAUCCCCAUCAUGAAACUUGCAUCAACAUCACGAGGAGAUUUGCGCAGUGCCUUUGUCGAAACUGAUGAUGAAGACAGUGCCAUAGAACCCCUUAGACAAGAUUUUCUAUUUUUUGAUAAUCAAUCACAACAGGGACCCUCCAGAUGUGCACCAUCCUUUGGCAAUGACUUCGAAUGGGAUGAACCGGAAAGCCUUGAUGGAGGUAGUGUUUGUGAUCCCCAGGACCAAACUGGAGAAACCGAUUCUGCUGAAGAGCAACGGCAGCGAGAGAUACUUAAUCGCUAUCUUAAUAAGGAGAUAUCUUUUGUUGAAUAUGCCCAGUUAGCUGGCGACUCAACUGGUGAGGAAGCAGGAGUCGAGGCAGCACCUUUAGAUGACCCGCCCAAAUUUGAUGUGGUGUCCAACUCUGCAAGCGCUGAAGCAUUUGAAAAGGAACUCCAAGCAAAGCCUCGCCUUAGGCGUCGCAAAAGGAUUUUACCACCCGCUCUGCAAGGGCUAAUGGGAGAGGCAAAUUUAACUUAUGCUCGUGGGGAUCAUGCCACUGCAGAAAAAAUGUGCCUCGAAAUUAUUCGUCAGUGUCCAAAUGAUCCUGAAGCAUUCAACACUCUAGCCCACUUGUAUGAAGAACAGGGAUUGCCAGACAAAUCAUUGCAAGUUGCACUUAUUGCUGCCCUGCUGAGCCCAGGUGACCCUAAUCAGUGGAUCCGUUUGGCAUUGAUGUCAGAAGAACAAGGAAACUUGAAGCAGGCAAUUCAGUGUUACACUCGAGCUAUUCGUGCUGACCCUUCAAACCCAGAAACACACAUGAAACGGGCUGGUUUGUUUGAACAAAUCAAAGAUCAAAAAUCAGCAAUAAAGUGUUAUACUCGCUUGCUAAGUGUCCUGACCCCUGACCAUGGCCCUCUCAUUCUUGAACUCGCCAAGAAAGUAUCUUAUUCUCAUCAUAAAGAUGGUGAUCUUAGCCGAGCCAAAGAAGCUAUGGAAAUGGCAUUCCUGAAAGUGCCUAAUGAAGUUCAGUCAGAGGAGGUCAACUUAUUUUUGGAUUUGUUGCUGCAGCUCCAAGAUUACCCAAGGGUGCUGGAGGUUAUGGUCUCACACUGUGGUGUUGAAGUAAUUACUGAACAAACUGAUGAUAAUGACCUCAUAGUUACUAGUUGCAAUUUUCCCGAGGACAUUCAACUAGAUCUAUGGGCUAAGUUGGCAGUUGUUUUGAUUCAUUUACGUACUUUGCACCUUGUGGAUGAACUAAUUGAAUAUCUCCUUCAGCGUGUUGACUGUGAGAUGGCUGGUGAUAUUUAUCUUGAUGUAGCUGAGGCCCUGAUGGCUGUAAACCACCAUAAAGAUGCGUUGCGUCUUCUAGGACCCUUGGUUGAGAGUAAAAAUUAUAGUUUAGCUGCUGUGUGGCUAAGACAGGCUGAAUGCCUUCGAGUUUGUGGGCACAUUGAAGAAGCUGUUGAAGCUUAUGAGCAAGUUGUUGAUCAGGCUCCACAACAUGUAGAUGUACGAGUGACACUGUCCACACUGCUUACCUCUCUUGGUCGUGAAGAAGAAGCCAUAUCCGUGUUAACCCAGGAUGCUGAUCGUGAAGUAUUAGAUCCUGGCUUAUUAUUUAAAAGAGCAAGUCUUCUUAAAGAAGGUGGUCUUGAGAGAGCAGAGGAGUUUCUUGCAGUGGGACAGCUACUUCUCUCACGUCAUUGUGUCCGAAUUAGAAAUAGAGAGGAAUUGGAUGCUCUCUGCAGACUUCGACGAAUUGACAAGAAGAAUAUGGCUCUUAAAGAAAUUCGGGAUUUGCGUGGAGAAGCUCAGCAGGACCAGGAUGCUCCAGAAUUUACUUAUGGUGAAAGAGAACCUAGCAACAUGGAAGAGUGGGAUCUUCUACGUAAACUGUGUGAUACAUGCCUCCGUCUUGGCCGCUUUGGUCAGCUUGAACGUUUGGCUCUGUCUGCUCUUGGUUCAAAACGAUUCUACACUGAUUUAAUGGCAGCUGAGGUUGAAUUCUUGAGUCUUUUGGCUUGUUUACACAAUGGUGACGCAUAUUAUGGAUAUAAUCUUGCACGUGACUUAGUUGUGAGAGAAGUUAAUAGUUCUCGUGCAUGGAACUUGUUCAACUUAGUAAUUCAAAGAGCUGAUGAUGUACGUCAUAAUCGUUUUAUCAUGAGAUUUCUUUCAAGACAGCCCAAUCAUCCAGCGCUGACAGUUCUUCAUGCCAACAAUUGUUUGGUAGCUGGAACUUACAAAUAUGCCUUAAAUGAGUAUGCUGCAGCAUUUCGUCGUGAGGAGAGUCCUAUGCUUGCAUUUCUUAUGGGCGUGACACUAAUCCAAAUGGCCUGUCAGAAGUUUUCUGCUAAAAAACAUUCAUUAGUUACUCAGGGUAUUGCCUUUCUUUGGCAGUACAAAGACCUUCGUGGACCAUGUGGUUUACAAGAAGUAUAUUACAAUAUAGGACGUGCCUUCCAUCAGUUAGGUUUAGUGCCAGCUGCUGCUCACCAUUAUAAAUUAGUGUUAGAAACUGAGCCUCCUGGGGAACCAAUGCUUGAUCUUCGUCAAGAGGCUGCUUUCAACUUGCACCUGAUCUAUAUGAAUGCUGGUUGUAAGGAUCUAGCUCAAAUGUACUUAGAUAAGUAUGUAGUUGUUUAAUUGAAUUUUGUGGAAGAAAAUAAGAUGAUUGUUUUAACUGUGAUACUUUACUGUGCUUUAAGUUUUAUCUUGUGAGUAAAUAUAAUACUUUAAGCUUUAUCACAUUUCUUCAAUUGUAUAUAUUCUUGCCUAGUAUGUAAUAUAUCAUAUUGCAGUAUAUAAUGCUUUUUUUUUUUUUUUUGUAUGAUGCACCCAUUUUGUCUUUGGAUUCCUUUCAACCUAAGUGAGCAUUUCUAUGUGAAUUUUUCUAUUUCUAUGUGUUCAUAAAUAAAUUUUCAUCUUAACAGUUUAUGUGUUCAUAUUCUUGCACUCCUUGCCAUAUCUUCUGUAGUGUCAUCUUCCAUUUCUUUUUUUUUUCCUUUUCUUAAGCAGUUACUAAAAAG